CUGCCCAUGCACCUGCUGUUCACCCCGAACCGCCAUCAUCCCUCCUCCUCCUCCCUUUGCGACAGCAGAUUCGCGCCCAACGCCUCACCAUCGUUCCUGACAACACGAAAGACAUCAACACGCGUUUGCCCAACAACACAGUUGAACUAUGCCGAGCUCCGCGUCCUCGCGCUACGCGCGGACCACCAAUUCGACCAGCCCUCCACAUUCGACCGCGAGCUACGUGACGGGUGGCCAGCAGAGACUGAACGUGGUGACGCGUCUGGCGAUUGAGGGGAAGUCGAAGAAGGGUUGGGAUGGGGCAUCUAUCAAGAUGUACUUGAAGAUCUCCUUGCCCCUCGACAAUAUCACGCCCGGGGCUACUAUCGCACUCUUUCCAGAGGAGAACUUGAAGAUACUCGACUCCCAAGUUCAUCCCCUCGACAGCAACUCGGUGCCCUACAAUUUCUCAUCAGCAACAUCCCCUUUACUGCACAAAGCCGCUAGAGCGCUCAAUCUCGCGGCAAGACUAUCCACGCCCUAUGUCCCUCCUUCGGCUUCCGAGUCAAUGUCUGGAUCUUCCGCCGGUCUGCCUUCCCUAGAUGGAAGUUACACGGGGCACAUCCUGGUCAGUGGGUACCAGGUCUCAUAUGUCCUACCAAAGGAGUUUCCUCGACGAGACGCCGACAACCGUGGCAGACGAGGAGCUAACAUGAUGCAUUUCAUGGCUGCUAUCGACAUCUGGGUACCUUUCCUGUCGAGGCCGCCACACGCUCCAUAUCUGUUGUCGAUUCCAGUUCCCCGCUGUCUGUCUAAUCAGAUCAAACUUCGUCUGUUCCCUCCUGGUCCGUCUGCGUCAUCUUCCUUGGCAUCACUCUCGUCUGCUGACGAGGAUGGUGGUUGGGAGCUAACCUCGGAUCCUCAUGUCACCCGGAGCCCUUCUGCGCGUAUGUCGCGCUCUCAAACGUACAGCAAUUUUGCGGACGAUGAGUCUAGCGACACAUCCGCCUCAGCAGGGUUUGCUGAAGGGUAUGGAGUCCGGGGCUCGUUUCCUAGCACAGAGCGGAUCCGCAUACGAUGGGCGUCUCCGGCGAAGCCUAAUCAGCUUCCCGAGGCUACUGAUGGACGUCGUCGUGUCGGAGUCAAGGAAGUUAGAGCUGAGAUGACCUGCCUUGUGAUUGGCACUCGCAAACCAAGCAGGCGCAGCAGAGGCGCCGAGGGCGUACUGAUGCAGCUGGAAUACACCGGUACAUGCAAAGGCGUCUGGUUCCCUGGAGUGGCAACGAUGCUGGGCAUGGACGCCGCACUUGAAGCAGAGGACUGCGACAUCACGUGGGUGCCCGGCAGAGAGCCAAAAUGGACGGUCACUGGCGAUACAGGGUUCACAGGAUUCGCCGUAGGCAGCCCUGUGAGGACUCUUUCCAGAGAAUCAUCCGAGGAUUAUCCUCCACCCGUCAAAGUUCAGCCAGCUACGCCCGACCGGCAAGCAAACGGCGAUGCCUCUAACACCACUCCGACGAUGAGGAAUCCAAUGCCGUAUACGUCUUCCGUAUCGCUUCUGCGCGCACCGCUGCCCGCACAGAACGUUGCUGAUUUCUCAUUCGAGGGCUCUCCUGUCUCUACUCCUACUAAUACGGUGUCGUCUCUGGCUUCCCUUCCUCAACCGAGCCCAGAGCGCAAGGGGAAGAGGCGGUCCUCUUCCAUUGGUAGUAGAUAUGCCGAUACAGACACAGACGUGGACAUGGACGUGGAUGUGCGUCCGCCGAGGAUACCGAUCACCCUGCAUCUAAACAUGAACGAGCUCCUGCCUCCUUCCAAGAACGUGUUCACGUUCAGUAUCUCGGGCACGGUACUCGUCACACCCCGUUCUCCUCCCAUGACCCCCGACUCACGCAAAUCAUCGCCUGUACGCUCUCACCACUAUCUCUCCGACAGUGAGCUCGAGCCCGAGCCUAUCGCUGUUCCACGAUUCCGCAUAUUCUAUGCUGACCGAGAAACCAUCUCGACCAUGGUGCGGAAUGAAGCUGAUGACACGACCGUGCUGGUCUAUGGCACCUCUACCGAUAGGCGGCGCGACAUGUCAUUGAAGACCAGGCUCACAAAGGGAAAUCAGGUGGCAUGCGGAGUGGACGUUGCUCACAUUGUUCUGCGACCUUCCGCACUUGCCGGUUACGAUGAUCUGUCGAGCGAAGACAGCGAGGACGUCUCGCACAAUCGUUCCAGGAGCUCUCAUGGAGGGAACGCCUCUCGGUUGAGAGAGUCAUCUAUGAUGUCUAGUUCACGGCUCAAGCCACCGAGAGACGGACCGCUCAUGAUACCCUCGGUGAAUGUUACUAUCACGCCGCUCCUUGGCGAGGGAACAGCCUUCACGAAUGGCUAUGCCGUCCACGUUUGUCUUCCUGCCCCAUCGGACGCCGACUCGGAAUGGCUGGAGUUCGGACUCGCCCUUCCAAACUCAGACCCAUCUUCCUCCAUGUCGAGCGAUUCAACCAUCCGUAGCAUUGAUGCAACGAGUGGCCCUCCUCGUGUUGAGAUCGCGAGCGCGAGUGUGGAAGGCGUCCCUGUACGGUUCCAGACAAGCGCCGUCAUGAAGCAGACUGCGAGCUUGACUGGAGUGGGGUUGCCGUUCGAGGAGGCCAGUGGUAAAGAGUGGAUAAGCUGGGUUAGCGUACAUGUUGGUCGCGUCGGAGGUGGGAAGGUGGAGAUCAUCUACCUAGUUAAGGGCAAGGAACAAGAGCCCAACCCCGAAGAUGAAAAGGCCAAGCGUAAAGGCAAACAGAAGGAGCAGGACGUUGUCCCUCUGGACAUUCUGCUGCCCAGUUUCGCAUUGCCCGUCGGGCGGUUGCAAGUUGAUAUCCAAGUCCGUGAAGAUUUCGAGAUCGCUUCGUUGCGAACAAACCUGAUGCACCGACAGUCUGCACCGCACGGUCAGAUGCUGCUCAAUUACGCUAUGGACGAGUAUUUCUAUCCUCGUCUUGUGCUGUCCGUCAUCCCGGUGGCGCCGAACGAAAGUCGCAAACUUUCAAUGAGCGCGAGAACAUGGAAGGCUAUGCAGGUCUCAGUCUACUUUGUCGUCGUGAUGAUCGUGUUCUCCCUUGUGACUGAUCUUCGGCGGACGACCGCGGAACUCCAUGCCGUCAGGCAGUCUGCCGCUAACCAAGCUACGGUGACGGUAUCGGUGCCCGUCGUGACAAACUCGCAUGGAUCAUUGGGCGAUCCCACCGUCCUCACGCCGGAAACUGUUACAGUAACCGCGACCGCUACUGCCACCACUCUCACGACGGUUGUCACCUCGCAGAAAUUCUCGCCUGGCCACGAUAUACCAGCAUCAAGCGAAGAUACAAUACCAUCAGGUUCCGAUGAUGAAUUUACAAGACUGACUCCUGUGGAUGCUGCUUAUCCUUCCGCAGAUUCUAUCAUCUCAGAUGAUCAGAACGAGCGCGAUGCACUAACCCCUACUCAUCAACCCCACUCAUUCUGGAAUUUGCCUGUCAAGAUCACAAAAUUUAAUCUUUCUGAUAGCCAGAUGGCGAAGAAUGCAUGGACAACCGUAAAUGUAGUGCUCAACGGUGUGGGAGCUUUUUGGAAAAUUUUCCAAAGCGUACUGCAUUAUCCUGUAUGAUUUGACAGUGUCGUAUAUUGUUUCGUUGCUAUGACUUUGACUUAUUGCUUGCUAUGGUAAUGCAGACUACAUCUUUCUGUUGUAUUGCUAUGACGAGGAAACGGCUGCAUAUCCUUUUUAUCACCACGCAUUAUCGUGUAAGUCGUGUCGACUGGACCACCGUGUCACGAUAUUCAAUUUUCUGAAAGACCGAGC